AUGCGACAAUCGCCCCGCCCCCUGCAGGUGAUGCGAGCGGAGGCCGAGACCGCCGAAGAGGCCGGUCCGGGUUUCAGCCGCAGCGUUCUGGAAAGUCCUGCUUCAGCCCGGAGGACGGGUCGUCCAGGGUUCGACCCGACGGGCCUCAGGGAGCAAAACGGCCAGGUGGAGGAGGACGAGGAAGAUGAGGAGGAGGAGGGCGUGGCCAGGGGCCAGCGUCCGCAUGCAGGGCGACCGCCAGAGGCAGCGCGCCGCCAGAGAGGAAGACGAGGUCCUCGAACACACGGCACCGCCAUCCGAGGACCACGGCGGCCUGAGGUCGCCGGCGGCGGUCGUCGCCCGGCGACCGUCAGAGAGCCAGUUGGACUCGUUCAGCCGCCACUUCGAGAACAUCAUGGAGUCGCACCGCGCCAAGGGGACGUCAUACAGCAGCCUGGACAGCGUGGACCUGCUCACCUCCGGAUCCACCUCCGUCUUCACCUUCGACCUGCCACGCACCCCCGAGAUACAGAGUCAGAUCUGCGAGAGCGCCAAGCAGAUCCUGGAGCUGAGCUUCGCUCCGCUGACCGGCCCGAGUCGUCCUCCUCUGACACGGCCCUCGGCGCCGGGCCGGGCCCCCCGGUCCGAUCCCGGUCUGAGAAGGACACAUGGCGGCGCUCCAUCGUCAGAGACAGCUUCAGGAAGGCGACGUCGGUGCCAGUGCUGCACAGCAGGGAGCGUCUAGCGGACCAGCUCGACCCAGAGGUUCUGGAGGUUCUGACCAACGGCCUGAAACCGGACCUGGAGGCAGCCCGGCGCCUCGCCAAGCGGCUCUAUGCUCUGGACGGGUUUCGCAAGUCCGACGUGGCACCGCACCUCAGCAAGAAUAACGACUUCAGCCAGUUGGUGGCGCAGGAGUACCUGGAGCACUUCAACUUCAGCGGCUUGAACAUCGACCAGGCUCUCAGGACGUUUCUGACCCGGUUUUCUCUGAUGGGAGAAACCCAGGAGAGAGAGAGAGUCCUCGCUCACUUCUCCAGGAGAUACAGGCAGUGUAACCCCCAGACGCUGUCCACUGAAGACAGCGUCCACACCCUCACCUGCGCCGUCAUGCUGUUGAACACUGAUCUCCAUGGAAACGUGAGUGUCUCCUUUGUCUUCCUCAUCAGGUUUACUGAUGUGGUCACAUGACUGGCUUCCCGACAGGAACUAUUUUUCCAAAAUAUCUUUACUGUAAUUUUAACAGUUUAGACAAACACCUUGAACAUUCUGCAAAGUAUGACAGUAGCAUUAGUAGCA